AUGUCUGUCUGUGAGGAUAUGCUUCUUUGCAAUUACCGCAAAUGCCGAGUCAAACUUUCAGGCUACGCAUGGGUCACAGCCUGCUCACAUAUUUUCUGUGACCAACAUGGCAGUGGGGAAUUUAGCCGCUCGCCUGCAGUCUGCCCUGCUUGCACCAGUGCUCUUUCUGGUAAACUGGAUAUUGUUCGAACCGAACUCAGUCCUUCUGAGGAAUAUAAAGCCAUGGUCCUAUCUGGACUGCGACCAGAGAUUAUUCUGGACAUCAGUUCCAGGGCUCUGGCUUUCUGGACAUACCAGGUUCAUCAGGAGCGUUUAUACCAAGAAUAUACCUACAGCAAGGCAGAGGGCCACCUGAAGCAGAUGGAGAAAGUCUACACCCAGCAACUCCAGAGCAAAGAUGUUGAGCUGAGUUCCAUGAAGAGUGAGGUGUCCUCCCUAAAGAAAGUACUGGAGGAAUACAAAAAGAAAUUCACUGAGCUCUCAGAGAAGCUCAUGGAGCGCAAUCGGCAGUACCAGAAACUGCAGGGCCUCUACGACAGCCUACGCUUGCGCAACAUUGCUGUGGCCAACCAGGAGGCAGGCCAAGAGCCUCCUAUGAUGCCCCAGCCUCCUGUAUUUGGUUUCUCUUUGGGUAAUGCUGCCAGGUUCUCUGAGAAUGCAACACCUAUCCACGGCUGGCGUGGUGAGGGGGACUUCCAUUUCAAACCCUUCUUUGCUGCCUCUCCACCACUGGGCGAGUCUGGCAACAGCUUCUUUACCUCUCCUGGCAAUGGUUUGGAACAGCAAGCAGGAGGCAACAAGGCAUAUAAAAUUAAGAGAAUAUAA